AUGGCCUCAAUAGCAGCGCAGCGUCUCGAGGGCAAGACGGUGCUGAUCACCGGUGCCUCCAGCGGCAUUGGCCGGAGCACGGCCUUUGAGUUUGCUCGUACUGCCCCCAAUUCCGGCCUCAAGCUCAUCCUUACUGCUCGCCGCAUCGACGCGCUCCGGCAGAUCGCAGCGGACAUUUCCAAGGAGACCAAUGACAACGUCAAGGUUCACACCGUUCAACUUGAUGUCAGCGACCCUGCCGCCAUCCGGAGUUUUGUCGGCGACCUGCCUGCCGAAUUCCGUGAUAUCCACAUUCUUGUCAACAACGCCGGCCUCGUCAGAGGCGUGGCCAAGGCUCCUGAGAUUGUCGAGGAGGAUAUGAACAUCAUGUUCCAAACCAACGUCACCGGCCUGAUUAACAUGACCCAGGCGAUCUUGCCCAUCUUCCUGGCGAGAGGCUCCGAGGGCGGCGAGGGUGAUAUCAUCAACAUCGGCUCCAUCGCAGGCCGUGAGCCGUACGUCGGCGGUUCCAUUUACUGUGCUACCAAGGCCGCCGUCCGCACCUUUACGGACAGCCUGCGCAAGGAGCUCAUAGCAACGCGCAUCCGCGUGAUUGGUGUUGACCCCGGUCAAGUAGAGACGGAGUUCUCCGUCGUGCGAUUCUACGGCGACAAGUCGAAAGCGGAUGCCGUUUAUUCUGGUUGCGAGCCUCUGACUCCUGACGACAUUGCCGAGGUCAUCGUUUUUGCUGCCACUCGCAGGCAAAAUGUUGUGAUUGCAGAUACACUGAUCUUCCCAAGCCAUCAGGGAGCUGCCACAGUCAUGCACCGGAAGUCUUGA